AACUCUCGGUUCCUGGCGUUCUGUUCUCCAGGUGUAUCCGGAGCCGUCGGUGCUCCGCAGCGGAUAAAUCCGUGUCUUUAACCGGUGUUGAGCCGCUCCGUAACACCGGGGAAACUGGAAGGUCAAGCUAAUGCUAAAGCUAGCCUCUCUCCACACCAUCUGUUCGGUUUCAUGGUACAGCACCGGGGGGCCCAAAGGGGGGCCCAAAGGGGGGCCCGAGGGCCUCCGGGAGGUCCGGGAUGGGCCCCGGUGUGUCCGCUGACACAUGAAGGGCAGGCUGCACCUAGAGAACAGCUGAGCGUCGCCAUGGUGCUGAGGGAGGUUCCCGCCGAGAACAUCGCCCGUCCUCUGGGCAGGAACGAGGUCAUCGGCCUGCUCUUCCGUUUGACCAUAUUUGGAGCCGUCACCUACUUCACCAUCAAGUGGAUGGUGGACGCCAUCGACCCGACCAGGAAGCAGAAGGUGGAGGCUCAGAAACAGGCGGAGAAGCUGAUGCGUCAGAUCGGAGUGAAGAAUGUGAAGCUGUCGGAGUACGAGAUGAGCAUCGCUGCUCACCUGGUGGACCCACUGAGCAUGCAGAUCACCUGGAGGGACAUCGCCGGGCUGGACGAGGUCAUCACCGAGCUGAAGGAGACCGUCAUCUUACCUGUCCAGAAGAGACACCUGUUCCAGGGAUCCAGACUGCUGCAGCCACCCAAAGGCGUGCUGCUGUACGGGCCCCCUGGAUGCGGUAAAACGCUGAUCGCCAAGGCGACGGCCAAGGAGGCGGGGUUUCGCUUCAUCAACCUGCAGCCGAGCACGCUGACGGACAAAUGGUAUGGAGAGUCACAGAAACUGGCUGCUGCCGUGUUCACAUUGGCUGUCAAGUUGCAGCCGUCAAUCAUCUUCAUCGAUGAGAUCGACUCGUUCCUGAGGAGCCGCUCCAGCUCGGACCACGAGGCCACGGCCAUGAUGAAGGCUCAAUUCAUGAGUCUGUGGGACGGACUGGACACCGACCAUCACUGCCAGGUGAUCAUCAUGGGCGCCACCAACCGGCCCCAGGACCUGGACUCUGCCAUCCUGAGGAGGAUGCCCACCAGGUUCCACAUCAACCAGCCGAGCGUGAAGCAGCGAGAACAGAUCCUGGGGUUGAUCCUGGAGAACGAGAGCGUCGACUCGUCGGUGAACCUACAUGACGUUGCCAAGGAAACGGAUGGUUUCUCAGGCAGUGACCUCAGAGAAAUGUGUCGUGAUGCGGCGCUGCUGUGUGUCAGAGACUUCGUCCACAACCAGAGUGACAGUGCUUCAGAGGACUUCAUCCGUCCCAUCCAUCAGUCCGACCUGCAGAAGGCCAUCGGUAAGAUGAAGAAGUCCAAGUCGGCCGGUGGACACGGCGCACUGCUGCACGCUGCUCUGGACUGAUCGCUGCCGCGGGUUCCAUUCCCGACCGGCGGGUUCUCCGUGUGCCACCGUUUGAUGUUUUUAUUUCUCCAGCCGACCUGUUGGCAGCGCUCUGUUUCCACAACCAGCCGUGGAAGAAUCCAGAACUCUGAAGCACACAGGACGGUUCCUCAGCCUCAACCAGAACCUCAGAACCUUUGACCCACAUCUGAGACGCUCUGAGGAGUCUGAAUACUACAGUACCCAGGAGCCUCAGCUGCUGUUGCCAUGGAGAUGCCUCUGUCCUCAGCGGUGAUGUCAGACUUAUAAGCCUGCGACUCCCUGAUCGAUAAUCAAUACGGUUAUUUAUGGGCAAAUAAAUUGGAAAAAUCCUAAUGAGGUUUUUAUUCAGCAGAAGUUUAGUUUAAUAAUGUGGAGCUCAAACAGUUUAAUAAAGGUUCUCUAAAUUCUGAGCAGAACCACGGCUUUAAUGUGGGUUCUGUUUCCUAAAAGGUUCAUUAAUCAUCAGAACAAUAAAAACGUCCUUUAAAAGAACAAAUCUGUAUUUUAAACAUCCUUCACUGAUUAUUUAUCGGAGCCCAUUUACAGUUCAGUUUUUACUUUAUUCUCCUUUAAACUGGGCCGCAGCCCGGUUCUGGUCAGAACCCGCUGCCCGGUUCUCCUGUUUUAAAGUGUUUACUGUGUAAAAUAAAGACGUAAACGUGUUUGUUUCUCAUCAAGUGUACUUUUUCUUCGGGUUCUGUUGGACAGGAACCAGGAUCAUUAAUGUUUAGUUUGGUUCUGGAAAAGAGAAAAACUGAAAGAUGAACUUCCAGAAUCUUCAGGAGGGUUUUUUUUUUUAAUUGGUUGUGAGUUAUGAUGUAAAACCUGCUGGAUGAUGUAAUAAACUGCUUGAAACGUGA